UGCAGGUGCAGUAGUCGAGGGACAACAACGCGUGGUGGAUGUGUUUAUGGAUAUGGAACUGAAAACUUUAUUACGAAACUGCGCUUUAGCAAACAAACGGGAUGAAAAUUCUCAAAUCGAGGAGAAAGAGGAUGAGUACUUUCAGAAAAUGUAUCAGCAGUGGAAAGGUGUAAAGGCAAGGGAUAAUGAUACUACGUAUAAAAUUAUACCAAAGUUUUAUUUCAAGUUGCCGAAAGAGGAUGAAAUUUUACCACAAAAGUUACGCGAAGAGACGCGUGCCUUAUUCUUGCAAAGACGCUCUCGACAAUUGCUCGAUAACAAUGAACUGAAAGCAUUGUAUGUUUUGUUGGACAAAUAUCAUAGUCCACCAUUGUCAGGGGAUGAGCAGUUAAUUAAUUACGAGGAUUUUAAGAAAGUGGGUAAACUGGCAGGAGCAAAAUGUAGUUCGUAUUUUACCGCAGUUGUUUUUGCUAAACUACAACAAGGAGAUCCACAUGGUAGAAUUAGCAUUACGGCGCUAUUCAAUUAUGUUAUGCGAAAAGUUUGGUUACACCAAACACGGAUUGGUCUUUCUUUAUACGAUAUGACAGGACAAGGAUAUCUUAGAGAAUCGGAUCUGGAAAACUAUAUUUUAGAAUUGAUACCAACGUUGCCGCAACUCGAAGGUCUUGAAAAAUCUUUUCAUUCAUUUUAUGUGUGCACAGCUGUGAGAAAAUUUUUAUUCUUCUUGGAUCCUCUUCGAACUGGACGAGUUCGUAUUCAAGAUAUUUUAACAUGCAGUUUUCUGGAUGAUCUUUUAGAGUUAAGAGAUGAGGACUUGCCGAAAGAUUUACAAGAAGCAAAUUGGUUUUCUGCACCAUCUGCUCUUAAAGUAUACGGACAAUAUCUUAACCUCGACAGAGAUCAUAAUGGAAUGUUAAACAAGGAAGAACUUGCUGGGUAUGGUACUGGUACUUUAACCGGUGUUUUUCUUGAAAGAAUAUUUCAAGAAUGCUUGACUUACGAAGGGGAAAUGGACUAUAAAACCUACUUAGAUUUUGUCUUAGCAUUAGAGAAUCGACAUGAACCUCAGAGUCUUCAUUACCUGUUUCGUAUUCUUGAUAUCAACAAUCGUGGUUAUUUAGACACAUUUUGUCUUAACUAUUUCUUUAGAGCUAUACAAGAACAAAUGACAAUGCAUGGCCAAGAACCUGUUAGCUUUGAAGACGUUAAAGACGAAAUAUUUGACAUGGUCAAACCAGCAGAUCCAUGUAAAAUCACGCUGCAGGAUCUCUUAUCUUGUGGACAAGGUGACACGAUGGUCAGUAUUUUAAUCGAGUUCCAUGGUUUUUGGGCAUACGAAAAUCGUGAAGCCAUGGCUGCUGAUACCGGGGACGAAUCAUCUCAUGUAUGACGAAAAAAAACUACUAUCCCAAAAUAUGAUAUAAAUAUUCCACGGGGAUAACGGACUCCAAUCUAUCUGUUGACAUGUUAUAUAUAAUUAAACCUAUUUGUGAUACUUCAUAUUUUAUUUUAGUCAAUAAAAUUUUUAUAAUUUAUAAUUAGGAAGAAAAGUGCCUUAGAUAAUUUUGUGCUGCUUAAUUUAUUUUUAAAUUAAACAUUUCUUCGAACGAUUUGUAAUUCGAACCGUAAAAAAUUUGAAUUUUUAAAUUUAUAAUUUAUACGUAUGAUGUGAAAGGGCAUUGGUCCCCCGCGGACCAAUCGGGAAGCGCGAUUUCAAACCGUUUGGUCAAAGCGUAGGAUUACAUCAGUAAUGUACUAUUAAAUGUGAAUAAGGUGUUUCAUAAAAAUCAGAUUUCAAUAAAGAAUUAAAACGUA